GGGUUGACUGAACUGGAUCUUUCAUCGAAUGAGUUAACCGGAAGAGUUCCAAUGCAAUUCUUUACAAUUCCAAAAUUCAAUUUUACAGGAGCACGUCUUGCUUGUGGUUCUAGCUUGAAGCAGCCUUGUGCUUCUGGCUCUGUUCUCCGAGUUUCAACCAAGAAAUCAAAACUUGGAACGGUUAUAACUUCGGCAAGUUGUGGUGUAACAGUAAUUCUUUUGAUUGGGGCUCUUUUUGCUUAUCGAUAUUAUCGCAUGCACAAACUAACACAUGAUGUCUUUGUUGAUGUUACAGGUGAAGAUGAGUGCAAAAUUUGUUGA